UAUUUUGUUUUUGGCAGUGUAAGCUAAUAGAUACUUAUUAUAAAAAGCAGUGAAAAAAUACAAAUUUAAAAAAAAAUUUCUAUUGCCUACAAUAUAAAAUUCGUAAUAUAAUAUAUAUAUUUUUCGCAUCCUCAAAAUAAGAAGACCUCAAAGGCUGACAGGAAGACAUCCAAGGCUUUAUUAUUUUGGGAGCGAACCCGCAUUAAACCAAGAAAAAAGCAUAAAGAACUGAAAAGUUCCCCAGCCACUGGCCAAAGGACCUGUGCUUCCUACGACAGCACCACUUAUUUGUGAAGUUAUAAGGCCGUUGAGGAUAGCAUUUAUAUCGACGCCAGCGGUACCAGCCUGUUGACGAGAACCGAAUUCGUUUGAAGAUUAGGAUUAUUUGAAAAUCUUUAAUAAUGUCGUCCGAUGUCAAGUGCAACAAAUGCAAUCAAGUUAUUACACAGAAAAUUCUCACAGCUCUCGGUAAAUCAUGGCAUCCUGAGCACUUCGUCUGUCGCGAAUGUGGAGCACCCAUCAAGGAUCCCACGUUCAACGAGAAAGAUGGCGAGCCAGUUUGUGUGGCGUGUUUUACAAGUAAAUACUCGGAUGUGUGUUUCGCGUGCAAACAGCCAAUUCGUGAGAAAGUGAUAAAAGCACUCGGACAAACAUGGCACGAGGAGCAUUUUGUGUGUAAUGGUACGUGCAACAAGCCAAUUUCUGGAGCCCCAUUCUAUGAGCGUGAGGGUAAAGCGUACUGUAAGGAUGACUUCGAGAAGCUGUUCGCGUCCAAGUGCACAGGUUGCACCCUGCCGAUCCUCGACAAAGCUGUUAUUGCUCUCGAUGCAAAGUGGCAUAAGGACUGCUUCAAGUGCAAGAAAUGCAACAAAGCCAUAACAAGUGAUACGUUUGCAGUGGAGGACAAUAAACCUUUGUGCACAGCAUGUACGGCGUAAAUUUGUGCAAGUGGCCCCGGAAAGUGACAACUGAGAUUUUUAAACAAUGAACGAUGGGUUGAAAUGCACAUAUUUCAUAUGAUUUUUUUUUGUAUAGUUUUGACAAAAUUUCGAGAAAAGUUACAAUUUGGAUUUAUUGGAAAAUGUUCUGCAUUUAUGUAGGAAUCUUUUUAUAACAAGGGGCGUCGCAACAUUGAUUUACGAUAUUCUACAGACGCUUUUAACUUGAAGACUUAGCGCUUAGGGUAUAAAAUAAGAUAAGAAAGAGACCAAUGACUACGCUUACGAAUAGAAAACGAUUGACCACAAGAACAAAAACUGAACUAAAAAUUAAUCUUGAUUCUUUCUUAUAUCCCAAAUUAAACAUUGAUUCGCUUAUGCGUACUUUUUUGCUUAAACACACAUUUAAACUUUAAACAUCCAUUUGAAGAAUUAUGAAUAUAUUUUGUUAAUGUUCUGCGAUAAUUCCACGUUUUAGGGAAUAAAACGGUUUUUUACUCUA